UAUUUGUGCUGAAGGGCUCGAUGGACCGUUCUCGGAGCUGGGAAGGAUUGCAUCUUGGCAUAAACCACCAUGAUUGCGCCUGUGAGAAGAAGCUUGGCAUUGGCCGCCAGCCGGGGUUGGCGCCGCCAGGCCCUCGUCGCCUCGCGAGCUUCGAGGAGCAUAACCCGAACGGGUCGGAUCGCAUCCUACACGACGACGCCCCGUCUUCGCCAGAAUGCAUUUCAUACACAGCUUGAGACCUCGGCCUCCGGCCCAACUCUCUUCUCAUCAAAGAGCACAACACAGGUUCCGCAGACCUUGACCGAAAAGAUCGUCCAGAGAUACGCAGUUGGUCUUGCGCCGGGAAAGAAGGUCAGGGCUGGUGACUAUGUGACCCUAGCACCACAUCACUGUAUGACCCACGACAACUCGUGGCCCGUUGCCAUGAAGUUCAUGUCGAUUGGCGCCUCCAAGAUCCACGACAACAAGCAAAUCGUCAUGACCCUUGAUCAUGAUGUGCAGAACAAGAGCGAGGCGAACCUCAAGAAAUACCGGCAGAUCGAGGAGUUUGCGAAAAAGCACGGCGUUGACUUCUAUCCCGCUGGACGGGGAAUUGGACACCAGAUCAUGGUUGAAGAGGGAUAUGCCUGGCCGGGCACCGUUACUGUUGCGUCGGACUCGCACAGCAACAUGUACGGCGGCGUAGGCUGCCUAGGCACCCCGAUGGUGCGGACAGAUGCCGCCAGCAUCUGGGCCACGGGCCGGACGUGGUGGCAGAUCCCCCCAAUCGCCAAGGUCACCUUCACGGGCGUCCUGCCCCCCGGCGUAACCGGAAAGGAUGUGAUUGUCGCUCUCUGUGGCCUGUUCAACAACGACGAGGUUCUGAACCACGCCAUUGAGUUCACUGGCUCCGAGCAGACCAUGCGCAGCAUUCCGAUUGAUGACCGCCUCGCUAUCGCCAACAUGACGACCGAGUGGGGUGCGCUCAGCGGCCUGUUCCCGAUUGACACGAUGCUGCAAUCAUGGCUCAGGGCCAAGGCCACCACCUCGGCAAUGUUGAACCCGGAACUCGGUGCGCGCGGUAAGUUCACGCACGCCAAAAUCGACGAGCUGCUCAACGACCCACUCACGGCGGACCCCGGUGCGACAUAUGCCAAAUCUCUGUACCUGAACUUGGCAACGCUAUCGCCCUUUGUCUCCGGCCCGAACUCGGUCAAGGUCGCUACGCCGCUCAAAGACCUCGAGACGCAGAACAUCAAGCUCAACAAGGCCUAUCUGGUCUCCUGCACAAAUUCCCGUGCUUCCGACAUCGCCGCGGCCGCAAAGGUGUUCAGGGACGCCGCCAAGAACGGGGUCAGCCCCAAGGUGGCAGAGGGUGUGAACUUUUACAUCGCGGCCGCGUCUCUUCUCGAGCAACGGGCAGCUGAGGAGGCCGGUGACUGGCAGGUCCUUCUCGAGGCGGGUGCCCAGCCUCUCCCGUCUGGCUGCGGCCCCUGCAUCGGUCUUGGCACCGGUUUGCUUGAACCCGGCGAGGUUGGUAUCAGCGCGAGCAACCGAAACUUUAAAGGCCGUAUGGGCUCUACCGAGGCGAAGGCUUACCUCGCCAGCCCGGAAGUCGUCGCAGCCAGCGCUCUGCAAGGCAAGAUCGCCGGACCUGGCUGGUACCAGAAGCCUGAUGGUGUGGAGAAGGUUAUCAUCGGCGAGGGUAACGGUGACCACGUGCAAGAUAAGGUCAUCAGCAUUGAAGAGGCCCUCGACAAGAUCAUUUCGCAGGCCGAUGGCAUGAUCGCCAUGGCCGAGAAAGAGAUGUUCGGCGCCCCUGUCGAUGCCACGGAAGAAGCAAGCAGCGAGGAGACACUGACCGAGAUUCUCCCGGGAUUCCCGGAGAAGAUUGAGGGAGAAAUCGUCUUCUGCGACGCCGAUAACAUCAACACGGUAAGCAACCCGCCUGGGCUGUCAAUUCCCCCCUAGAGCUGUCUUAGGGGAAACACGACCAAGCCAACCACAGCUUUCCCGAACGACGUCCUAGAAGGCUCGAUGAUCAUCAGUAAGACUGACGUUCUUGAUAGGAUGGCAUCUACCCGGGCAAGU